AUGGUGAAAGGUGAAGACCGGUUGCACGUGAGGGCGGAUGUAAGUCAGCAACCAAGUCACGUCACGUCACUGUCAUUCGACUUGUCUGAGCCCACCAUGCUCUUGAAUCCAUCGCUUCGCAGCUUCUUCACCACCGUUGUCGCACCCAUACAAUGCCUCUUCUGGAGUGUCAAAAUUGCAUACCUUUUUCUCCCCACAAUUGGUGUCGUUGAAGAGGCUAUUAAGGUGGUGCCACUGGCCACCAUAUAUCAGCCGACCAAGACCGUCAGCAUCCAACCCCCAACUCCUUGUGCACCCCACAUCGUGCAACCCCUGACAAAUUGGCUCCUCGUUACUGUCUACAUGGUGCUAGUCGUUGCAUGCAUCCGUCUCAGAUUUCAAAUGAGAGUGAACUUCAUGUCGCUCUCCACGCUAUGGGUGACAAUUGGCAUCCCCUGUGCAUUUUUAUAUGCGCUUCACUUCUAUGGGAUAAUUACUUCCAAACCUCUAGUGUUGUCGUAUCUUCUUGGACGCAACCUUGAGCAAGGCUUUCAGAUUACCCAAACAAUCAUUCUCCUUAUUGCCUCGAUGACGACCUGCACAUUCCGAGAAUGGAGUGAAAAGGCUAUCAUCCGUCUCUUGACUGGCGGCCAUCUAGUCUGGAUCAUCCUUAUUCCUCGUUUCUAUCGCUGCCGCAGAAGGAUCGUUCUGUCUUCGGUCACAGAGCGGCUUGUGGUGUUUAUAACAAUUGCACCGAUCUGUUUGGAUUUGUCGUGGAAUCCGUUAUCGCAGCACCUAGCAACCAUGCUAUUAUACGGACUCACUGGGCGCAUCAAGUCUCUCCUGCACAAUUUCCAAGAACUUGGGUUGUUCGCUCACUCAGAUGAACCAUGGGAGCCGGGGACUCUUCAUAUGCUGCUUGGCCCUGUCGUAAUUUACAGCUUUCUCCACGCAAUCUACCUCGCGACGACCAUUAUCGUGACAUUGAUCAGAGAAUUAGCAUACACCGUCUUUUCCGGGCCGCUCAGAUGUGUUAUACUUGUCGCAAACACCAUCCGAAUUGGGCUACUUGCCCUCUUCGUCUCAAUCGUCGAAUCGGCCAUAUCAGUGCUGGUAUACCUACCUCUGAUACCAUAUCUCUGCAUCCUGGGCGGAACUUGGAGUCUCACUUCGUCGCGUGUUCCGGAUCGGCGUUAUGCUGUAAAAAAUCUGGUCAAGAAUAGUGCUGUUUGGAAACGGGAGCAAAUUCGGUGGUGGGGAGACGUAUAUCAGGACGGGAUCAAUGGAGCUUUGUGGAAGGACGUACCAUGGUCUUGCUUACUGCUUGUGGUUGUGCCGCCGGUAUUGUUCUUCGUCUACUGUGAAGCUUGGCCAACUGCGCGUAAAAUUUGGCGACUGUGUGGUCGCCUGGCCCGACUCCUUCCAUAA